AUGUCAACUGCUAACCACUUCCAGAACUACGUAACGCAUACCCUUGGGGAGGGUGUCACUGAGGAAAGCACCCCCACUGUGCGGGUUAAUGCCAGCCCAAUUCCUGCGCACGGCAUGAAAGCAGACUCUCAGUUUAAAACACUGAUUGAGCACCUGCACAUCCUCAAGUUCAAGCUGGAAAAGGAGAAAAAAAUGCACAAGCGGAAAAAGAAGGGUCUACCAAAGGGGGAGGGGGCGCGCCAGGAAGACAAAACAAACGCGAAAGGGGCACAUAGUAGGGUCCAAUUCGAAAGUGGCAAUCCGCAGAAGAGGGAGGAACGGACCAGUAGCACGUUAAUGAGGAGGGACGAUGGCCUUGCCGCGGAUGACCCGGAUGCCCCAGAUGACCCAGCUGACCCAGCUGACCCAGAGGGGGAAAGUUCGUGCCCCAUUCCGCAGCUAAUCCAGACCAUCGAAAUUUACAAACACAGAAAUGCAGAACAGCAACGCGAAAAAGUCCUCCUGAUUGAGAAAUACGAACGUGUCCUGAGGAAAAUCAGAAAAAGGCACAUCCACCAAAUUGGACAAAUUAAAAAUAACGUCCUCCUCGAUGUUGAUUUUUUAAUUCAAAAGUACAGGAAUGUAUCCCUUGAACUGCUGCAAAUUGGUCGGAAGAAGGAGAAGGAGAAAAGGGAGGAGAACAGGAAGAUGACCGAAAUGUGCGUAGCCGCUUGCAGGAGGUUUGAAGCGGAUGUGAAGGAGAGCGCGAAGACCGCCAUGCAGGCACAACAGGCCGAAGUGGCCAAAGCAAUCGGUGACGCCAAGAAGGAAAACGCAGCCUUGAAGAAAAAAAUAUCAGAGCUGAAGAACCAAAUGGAAGAGGACAAACGUAAGGCGGGGAGCAUCGAAGUGAAGGCGCUGCAGAAUCGACUAAGGGAACAGUGCACAGUGAAUGAUGAGCUGAGAAGCGCCAUUUCGCGAGAGAGGAAAGAACACGAGAUGAGUCUUAUGGACCUGUACUCGAAGGUCGAUUUGCAAAUAAAAACUUACGAGGAAAACAUCGUGAAGGUAUUCCACGACAUCCUUCUGCGGAACAAAAUCAACAUGGGGGUGGACGAGUUGUCUCGCUGCAUCCAAGUGACGAUGGACGCGCACUACGGGCAGGGCAAACUCCCCGCCGACUGAUACGCGCUGAUCAGGGGGCGCCAGCAAGUUACGCCUCACCAUGCAAGCAGAUACAGACGUAUGGAUAUAUGCCAUGGGUAUGUAGUAUGCACGUGUGUAUAUGUAGUGUGCAUUUGUAGUGUGCAUUUGUAGUGUGCCGAGUGGCGGUCCCCCUUUUUUGUUUUCCCCUGCGGUGUGCCACGGGGACUGGAGCGAAGCAAAACUGAGCAGUUUGCAAAAAUGGGAAAAUGUUGCAACGCGCGUCGCCCCAGUUCGGCUACCCCCCACAAUGCACACACAAACACAUAUACAUAUGUAUAUAUAUAUAUGACCAAAAAUAGGCGUGGGUGGGGUCGGCACCGAAAUGGGCGACGCGGUAUGACUUCCCCCACCUCCAGCGAAGGGCCCCUCAAACUGGUAACGCUUCUCCGCCUGCUCCUCUACUUCUCCUAC